GACUGAGGAUGCAUCCUCGGCGCUAUCUUCCAAGUUGCAGGCGCUCCGCUUGAGCUUUGUUGGGCGGCUGGUUGUGGUGCCUUGCGGUCAGCCCGCAUCUGUGGCGAAGUCCUCCAACUUUUUCCAGAACCUUGGAUUUGACUUGUACGUUGUCCCGGUCACCAAGCAGGAAUCAGAAGACUUCGCGAUUCGGAGCCCUUUGUUGGUGCCUGCAUGGCUGGUCAGGGAGGAGGCAGGAGAAGCCGAGCAGAGAGCAUUGCACAAAGCAGCAAAGGAUGCAAAGCAAAAGUUGAAAAAACAACGAGAAAGUGCAUAUGAGGACGACGGCUUUGAAGAUCCCGUCACUACGACACGGACAACCAGAUCCAACUUCCAAGCGCAUUCCUCAAACACAUCUUGCGCUGACCGGCAGAAGAAAGUGAGAGGGGAUACCUGA